AUGCGCACGAGAGCGCGCCCGCUGCCGCCUUGGGUCUUCCGCAAAAUGGAGGCGCAGGGCCCUACGGGGCCGCCAGGUCAGGGCCUGGCCAAGAAGGACACCAGGGGCAGCAAGCUGAGUAAGUGCCCGUCCAUAACCCUGGCCUCGCGAGGAGUCCCUGGCAUGCCCCACAGACACGUGUUCACAGGCACCAUCCCCAGCUAUGCCCGGAAAGGGGCUGAAUGUGGAGCGCCUGUUCUUGAACAGGUGAAGGCAGAAUUAACAGACCGUCCAGAGCUCCAGCAGCCCCUCACUUACCUGUUUCUAAUGAUCUACAUUGUCACCAUGGUGGGCAACCUGGGCUUGAUCAUUCUUAUUGGUCUAAAUUCUCACCUCCACACCCCCGUGUACUGUUUAUGCUAUAUGUUGACCUCAAUGGCCUGUGAUUGCUAUGUGGCCAUCUGUACUCCAAUGCUAUAUAGGGUCACCAUAUCCCAUAAGGUCUGUUUGGUGCUAUCUUUGGCUGCGUAUGUGAUGGGGUUUACUGGAGCCUCUGCCCACACAGGGUGCAUGCUUAGACGAACCUUCUGCAAUGUUAAUAUCAACCAUUACUUGUGUGACAUCCUCCCACUCCUCCAAGUCUCUUGCACUAGCACUUAUGUCAGUGAGGUGGUAGUUCUCAUUGUUGUGGGUAUUAAUAUCACAGUACCCAGUUUCACCAUCCUAGUUUCUUACAUCUUCAUCCUUACUAGCAUUCUUCAUAUCAAAUCUGCUCAGGGAAGAUCGAAAGCCUUCAGCACGUGUAGCUCCCACAUCAUUGCUCUUUCUGGUUUUUUUUGGUAUCACACUUUCAUCCUGGUCUGA